AUGGUGGCCUUCAUCGGAGCGGUUAUCUGCAUCAUCGCGGCUGUCCACACCGGGUCCUCCAAGGCUGCCGCGGCGCAGCGGCAGCCCGCGGCCGACAACCACUCGCUGUAUCCGGACGCGGUCGCGCAGACUCCCGCUGCCGCGAGGGGCUCCGUGGCCCGGCCCGGAUCCCUGGGAGCUCUCCACGGUUCUGAAACGCCCGAAUCCGAAGCGCCCACCUUCGACGUCGGGCUUGGCGGGACGGACGGGGUCAGCGGACUCACGGGACACGACCCCGCGGUGAGUCGGCUCAUCUGCACCCCGGUCCCCGCCGGAGGAUGCAACCCCAGGAACUUUCAGCAGCAGGCGGACGACCCGUCGCUGUACGCCGGGGAAGACUGGGGCUACCUCCGGACCACGGCGGAGGAGCUCCGGCAGACGGUUCUGCAGCAGAAGGACCAGAUUUUAACCGACAAGCGGACCAUCAGGGAGCUGUCGGGGAAGCUGACCGAGUGUGAGAAGGGGCUCGGGGGAAGGAGCGGCAGCCCGGACAGACGCGGGAACGCCGCCGCGCUGAGAGGCGAAAAGGGAGCCGAGGGGGAGAUCCACUUGGAGCGGAUGAUGGUGCGGGACAGCCCGGGUACUGCGCCCGACGGGGUCCAUCUGCUCACGGUUGGAACUGUGGAUGAGCUCGAACAGGCGAUCACCCAACUCAAAGACCGCAUAGACAGACUGGAGACAGACAUUGGUCCGUUUUCUCACAACCGCACGGACAGCAAGUCCUCGGACGCAUCAGAGGAGGGCGAGCCAGAGAGGUCAGCCUCUCCGGGCCGCAGUGCCGGUCCUGACAGGCCCUGGGGGGUGGAGGACCUGGAAGAGGAGCUGGAGAGGAAGGUGGAGCUGCUGGAGAAGGAGAGGAAAGCCCUGAGGCUGGAGGCAGCGAAACACAGACAGGAAAUUGACCAGGGCAUCAGCAAACUACAGCACCGCGUUUCAGGCCUGGAGGAAGGCGACGCAGGGCUUUCGUUCCCGGAGGGGUACAGGUUGUCCUUCCCGGCUCGGACAAACUACAUGUUCGCCCUGAUGAGACACGCCGUCCCCAAGCUGCGGGCCUUCACCGCCUGCCUGUGGCUGCGGCCCGCUGCGGCAGGGAUCGGGACGCCCCUGUCUUAUGCUGUCGCCGAGCAACCGAACGAGUUGGUGCUCUUGCAAGACCGGAGCGCUCCGGCUGAGCUGCUCAUCGACGACAAGGUGGCGAAGCUGCCUCUGAACCUCUCUCGAGGCGGCUGGCAGCACGUCUGUGUGAGCUGGACCCAGAAAGGUGGAGCAUGGCAGGCCUACCAGGGAGGAAGGUUGAGGGGCGAGGGCCACGGACUGGCCCCGGGACAUCACAUCAGGCCUGGGGGAGAGCUAGUCCUCGGGCAAGAGCAGGAUUCCCUGGGUGGCGGUUUCGAUUCGACCCAGGCCUUCGUUGGAGAGCUGUCCCAGGUGGGCCUGUGGGAUCGGGUCCUGUCGGCCGCCCAGGUCGCCAGCCUGGCUCGAUGCAGCAGAGUAACUCAGGGCGUUGUGGUCCUCUGGAGCGAAAACAAGGUGCAAGUUUACGGCGGAGCCACCAAAGACCCCGGGGAGCCUUGCAGUAAACACAGCAAAAGCUCCCAGUGACCGGUGGAGAGAGGAUCGCAGAAAAGAUUCAAUUCACCAACUAUCGCUGAUUCAGUGUGUCAGAAAAACCAUAAAUAGCAAGGCGACAUAAGAGAGUCAUAAUCUUAGCAACGUUUCUGGGGUAUUUCUGAAGGUAAAACGGUGCGCUGCAACACCACACAUUAUUUACACAUAAAUGCAGCUGGAACAUUAGUUAAAUGUUAAAAUGUUUAAGCUUGGGUUUGCUUAGUUUGAAGUCAGAACAGGAAGAUGAAGAUGAUUUCAGAUUCUCAGCAACCCUCCUGACAAUUUGAUCAAGAAAAACAAAUCUACACUUUACCUGCCUGCUAGCUUUUCUGUCUACUUGUUUACUGUAAGCGUGUUCAAAUUCAGGGGCCGCAUUCUUCAAAGGACAUAUGGCGGGAAAAUUGAACAGUCUGGCCUUUCGAUUUACCCCUUACAUCUGAGUGUGCCCUGUCGCCUAGCAACCAUGACGGCGCCAAACACACGCUAGCAAGAAUGUAACUCGAAAUGCUCCUGGGCUUUUUUGUAAACUGUUUACAAUCUAUUUGAAUCUUAUUCAUUAAUUAGAUUAAUGAAAUCAAUGGGUGUCAGUGGAAGUGCGAAGGAUUCAACGUCUUUCAAAUCCAGGAGGAAGAAGGAUGAAGGUCUGGGGGACUCGGAGGAGUCUUUGAAUUUGGAGCACGGUCGUCAAAUGCGGCCUUGAACAGAUGUAGCCCCUGAGUUUGGAUUCAAAUGUUUAAUUGAGCUGAUUUUCAGUUUGAAUGUUCACUGUAAUUUUAUUUUUACAUUAUCCAUAAUUGUGACAUUUAUAAUAGUGAAUCUUUAGAAAAGACUAUAAAAUAUAUUUUAAUGCAUCGGAGCCAGCAAAGUGAAUUAAUGUUGGCCUGCUAAUGCUAACCUGUGAUUUUUAGGCUCAUUAACAUGUCUGAUGCAGUAAUUCUGCUGUUCCUGUGCCUCAUAAAUGAGAAUAUAGAGAUAAUCAGUAAAAGGUGAAACGGUUUUAAAACUUUUUUUUUCCAACUCCAGUGUCAAAGAAAUUUUACAACAGAAAUUAUAAACUAUAGGUGCCAUUUUCUCUUUUUUUAUUAUUAUUUGUACACAAAGAACUCCUACAAAUUUAAUUUAGAACAAAAUAAUUAGAACUAGUUCAUGAGUACUAUCUAGAAACUUUACCAAACUGACAUAUGUCCAUCAUUUUUGAGAUUUUAACCACAGACAGAUGAAAUGAACAACACUGACCUGUUAGUGUCUUGGAUAAAGGAUUUUUUUUUUGUUCUCAACGCAGUGUGUUAGCAGCAUAAACAAAUUGGGUCAGCGUUUACAUUUUGAACAACUCUGACAAAGGCCAAAUGGCUAGACUGGGUCGGAGCAUCGGCAAAGCUGCAGCUCCAGCUCCUGCAGGGAGUUCUGGGCUUCUGGUGGUUAUUGAAAGGGAAAGGGAAAAAAAACAGUACCGAACCAGCAUCGAUGUGGAUGUUGGUUUGAAUUGUACCACGAACUGGAGAGUUGUUGCAGACCAGGAACACAUUAACAAAAUUUCUUGAUGGCUAUGGCCUCUUUAAGCAAAGGUGGUGGAACAUUUUGCCACAAAUUGAGACAGGCUUAAGAGCUCAAACAUGGCGGAUGACGACUGUUUUGGCAGCAAAAGGGGGAUAAAGUCGCCAACACGUGAUCCGAUCAGUGUGCUUCUAACUGCAGUCCAUUCUAUAUUGUAUGAAAAGCAAAAAAAAAAAAAAACUCCCUCAGAUAUGAUCUGGUAAUAAAACUUUGAAGCUGCUGUUAAGUCAAGUCGUUACACAUUUCAAACCAAAUCACGUUGCGUAUCCCCAACUUGUUAUCCUGCUGAUGUUUUAUGUAUAUCAAUGAGAAUACUCACUGGAGAAUUUUUCAAGUCCUGCGUUUGAAAUGCCAAACCGGCCAGCUACACCCAUCCACUUUCAAGAUCUCUACAGCUAACAAGAUGUGAAGAGUGAACAUUUUGAACACAGUUGGCUAAUCAGAACUUGUGAAAUUCUAGCACACAGGCUAUUAGCUCCUUCUCUCUGAGCUAACAAUCCAUUAGCUCCUUCUCUCUGAGCUAACCGGCCGUUAGCUCCUUCUCUCUGAGCUAACCGGCCGAUAGCUCAUUCUCUCUGAGCUAACCGGCCGAUAGCUCCUUCUCUCUGAGCUAACCGGCCGAUAGCUAACCGGCCGAUAGCUCAUUCUCUCUGAGCUAACCGUCCGAUAGCUCAUUCUCUCUGAGCUAACCGGCCGAUAGCUCCUUCUCUCUGAGCUAACCGGCCGAUAGCUCAUUCUCUCUGAGCUAACCGGCCGCUAGCUCAUUCUCUCUGAGCUAACCGGCCGCUAGCUCAUUCUCUCUGAGCUAACCGGCCGAUAGCUCAUUCUCUCUGAGCUAACCGGCCGCUAGCUCAUUCUCUCUGAGCUAACCGGCCGAUAGCUCAUUCUCUCUGAGCUAACCGGCCGAUAGCUCAUUCUCUCUGAGCUAACCGGCCGAUAGCUCAUUCUCUCUGAGCUAACCGGCCGCUAGCUCAUUCUCUCUGAGCUAACCGUCCGAUAGCUCAUUCUCUCUGAGCUAACCGGCCGUUAGCUAACCGGCCGAUAGCUCAUUCUCUCUGAGCUAACUGGCCGAUAGCUAACCGGCCGAUAGCUCAUUCUCUCUGAGCUAACCGGCCGAUAGCUCAUUCUCUCUGAGCUAACCGGCCGCUAGCUCAUUCUCUCUGAGCUAACCGGCCGCUAGCUCAUUCUCUCUGAGCUAACCGGCCGAUAGCUCAUUCUCUCUGAGCUAACCGGCCGCUAGCUCAUUCUCUCUGAGCUAACCGGCCGAUAGCUCAUUCUCUCUGAGCUAACCGGCCGAUAGCUCAUUCUCUCUGAGCUAACCGGCCGAUAGCUCAUUCUCUCUGAGCUAACCGGCCGCUAGCUCAUUCUCUCUGAGCUAACCGGCCGAUAGCUCAUUCUCUCUGAGCUAACCGGCCGAUAGCUCAUUCUCUCUGAGCUAACCGGCCGCUAGCUCAUUCUCUCUGAGCUAACCGGCCGAUAGCUCAUUCUUUCUGAGCUAACCGGCCGUUAGCUCAUUCUCUCUGAGCUAACCGGCCGCUAGCUCAUUCUCUCUGAGCUAACAAGCUAUUAGCUUAUCCUCUCCGAGUUAACAGGCUAUUAGCUAAACUUCUCUGAGCUGAAGAAUUAUUUUCUAACAGCUCUGAAUGUCUGAACUUAUUCCCCUAACUGUGACCACAGUUAACUAGCUUAACAAAUCACUCAGUGACGCGGAGUAGACUAAGAGAACAGUGAAUUUGCUUAUUUCAGACAGCACUCACUUCAUUUUCCAACAAGUGUUUCUGAAGUGUUUUCUUUUUGGUGUCAGUCGAGGUUUAGCAGAAACGAGCCUCUCAAAGCACAGUGCCAAGGUUAAUAUCUUAACUUCAUGUAUUCAUAUUCUAUUUUGCAAGAUAUAUGUAUAUAUAUUUUUUAUUUCUGAAUGACUGAAAAUAGUGAUCCAGCGUCAUUUAAUGUCUGCGCACUCCAGACACCGUCGUGUGCUUAACUUCUUGAAAGCUUGUACUGAAUCCAGUGAGUUCCGAGUCUGAGCCGUCCUCUUCCAGCUGAGAGCUCCGUGUGGGAAGCGUGAAGUUGAAUAGGGGGCAGCUGGAAUCCCUCCAUUUGUGCACCAGGCUUGAAGUGGUAUUAUUUAAGGGCUGUGACAGCUUUAGAGCUCGGAAUCAAGGUGAGGCGGUGAAAAAAUGUUGGGGAAAGUGUUGGGAAUAUUAAAGCAGCGGAUGGCAGCCUGGAGUCGAUGAUGAAAGCUAGAGGAAAACAGGAGAAUGAGGGGGAAGAUGGAUCAGAUGUGAAUGAUGGUGCAUUGUUUUUCUCUUCUGCAUGAUGUAAUCUAGAACUGAUAAUGUUUUGCCACUGCAAGGUGUCGCGGACUAGGUCGUUGCGUUUUACAUUCCUGCAAGGUGGCUGUGUUUGUCUUUCUGAGAGUGACUUUUAGUGUCUGAUGCAUUUAUUAUGAACGUGACCAACUUUUGAGAACUGCUAACCUAAACUCUUCGUUUUUCAUUAUUAAAUAUGUGGUGUUACAUUACAUAUGUUACAUUAUGAUGUUGCAUCAACAUAUGAGAUAUGUUGAUGCAAUGUUCAAAGUUGUAAACAGAAAUUUGAAAUGUUUUUAAAUGUUCUACAUGCAUCAGGAGCUGCAAUUCCGUUCGCCAUAUAAUUUUUGCAAAUUAACACGUUUUUGAUGAAAAGAUUUCUGAGUAUUGAACUCACCGUAUUUUGCAAAAGUGCAAUGGAAACACUUUUUUCCCCGCGUCACACGAGUCGAUGACCAAUAACCAAACGUUAUUGUUAAAAGUGGAGAAGACGGGAAGUGAUAGACGAGGGUGAUGACGUGACAUGUUGUUUUUUAUUUGUUUUGUAUCGCGUGAACAAACUCGUUCACGCGAUACUCGUUUCUUAAUUAAGGAAAAUCUCGCAAUUGAGACAUUUUAAUUUUUCGUAUUAGGGGAACACCGACAAAAUUUGCGCACGUUCGUAACGGAAACGCAGCCUCUGAUAAAUAAAUCCAAAAUCUUUUCACCAUUAAAAAAAAAAAAAAGAAGAGAGAAGACAUUCCAUGCAUGAACGCCGCAGAGUUAGAAUGCCUUGCUUAACUUUCCUUUCCCUUCAUGCCAAACUAACUCCUAUUAACACCAGAAUCUUCUGGUAUAAACAAAUUGUUCAUUUCAAAGUGUCUUUAAAAAAAAAAAAGAAGCUGAUUUUAUUUUACUACUCACGGUGGAAAGUGCCUGUCAGGGGUGUUUGUACCCGUGUACCAUCGCCAUCUUUAAUAUCCUGAAGAUGUUUUUAGCUAAUUAAGCAUCGUUAAGGUCCCCGGUGACACUGCGAGAUGAAAGCAGUUUGAUCAAAGUUUUACAGCAUCAUAAACACAGUACUUGAAGCUUCUGCACGGCGCCACCGAACUAACACUAGAGCAAGUCAAAACCGUCUUGUUGUGCCUCUGUUCGUCUAGUGUCUUUGAUAUUGGUGUCUGUUCAGCUCAUGCCAGAACUUUUUAGGGCUUCUUGUUCUUCUUCUUUUUAUUGUAAUGUCAUUGUGUUUAUGAUAUAUGAAACUGAAAGCUAUUGUUGGAGAUACUUUUGUUGCCAUUAUGCUCUAUGACCUACGUUGAUUGCACAAGUCCACGUCCUGUAUGGUGUCGUAUUGUUCUGAACACGUGCUGUGUACAAAACUCUGAAUCUUUAUUAAAGUUGUGAUAUUUUGGAGAAA